GAGUGUAAACUGAAUCUAAUCCAUCUCUCAGCCAGUUUUCACCACAGGAGGGUGCUGUUAUCAUUCCAAAGGUUCAGGUUUUGCAAGGUUCAGUGUGGAUCUUAGCGUGGAGUGUUUAUUACAAAAUGUCUGUGUGCUGCUGUCAAAUACAGCUGAGGAAAAGGACUACAUCAAUAUCCUGGUUUUCCUGCAUUCUGUGGUGCAGUGUGAUGAUGUCUCCUGCAUUGGGGUACGUGAUAGUCAACUCUGUUUCGUGGUCAGUUACCAAUGAGGUGGAGGAAGAAUUGGACAGCUCCUCAAACGAGGAAGCUCUCCCUGCACUUCUGGAAGACACGACUAGCAUCUGGAAGCAGAGCUACCCAGCCUCUGUUUACAAAGAAGAUGUUGAAAUGAGGUCAAGGCCAGUGGCUGGGAGAUCCAAGGAAAUCUCCUCUCCUUCUAGGAUGUUUUCCUACAGGAGAGAGAGUAUCAAAGGGACAGAGAGCAUCACUCCUCAGGAGCAGGCAAUCAGAACUGCCCGUUUCCUGACCCAUUAUAACAGCUGGGGCUUCUUGGCUACCGAGUCCACCCAGGAAAAGAUCCAGGGUGUACCUUUUGGAAAUUGUUUACUGCUCAGUGAUGGGCCCGUCAAUAACAGCACUGGAAUACCUUUCUUUUAUGUGACUUCAAAGGACAACACUGUGACUGAUCUGAUGAAGAACUCCAGGGCAUCACUGACAUUGCCAGAGGCAGAAGGAGAUUUCUGCAGAAAAAAUAUAAUAGAUCCUGAGGAUCCAAGGUGUGCUAGAGUGACUCUCACAGGACAGAUGGUCAUGGUACCUCCAGAGGAAAUGGAAUUUGCCAAGCAAGCAAUGUUUUCUAGGCACCCAGGUAUGAGGAAGUGGCCUCGUAGCUACGAAUGGUUCUUCAUGAAAAUGAACAUUGAGCACGUCUGGCUUCAGAACUGGUAUGGAGGAGUUUCCACUAUUUCAGUGGAAGAGUAUUUCAAAACAGUUCCAAAUAAAGAGUGAUUGGGUUUAAAAUAUCUUCACAGUUUUCAUAUUUGUUUUGCAAUUUUUCCCCAAUACUAUGUUGUUGAAUGGGUAUUUUACAGUGAUUUUUUUUCAAACCCAUUCAAAUUGGCACCAUCCUUUUUUACUUGGAACAAAUGUUACUAAAACAAUAUGGAUCUUUAUAUUAAAAAUGAUUUAUGGAUGGUAAAUCCUACAUUUUAACACACAAUCUUGGCAUUUCAGAUAGGCUCUAUAAUUUCGUGAAUGCUAAUUAAAAAUGUUUUGAACUGCUUGUUUUGAUUUUGAGGGUCAUCCACUCAUGUGCACUUACAAUAUAUGCUAAAUGUUCCAUUCUGAUUUACAGAAAAACAAAUAGCCUAUACAAAAAAUAAAUUCUGUAUAUUGUAGAAGUAUUAUUGCUACUUGCUAUAUAAUUUUGUAGGUGUUCUAAGCUAAAUACCCCGAUGGCAACUAUAAAUAGAUGUUUUAAGUUUGUGUUGUAAUAUUUUAAUGAUGAGAUCCUUAUUUUGGAAUGUGUUUUAGUCACACCCAUUUCCAAAUUAUCCAAUUAAAUGUUGAGCUUGGAAAUUGAGAGGAAAGAGAUGUGGGUCUUGCUGGCUGUUGCAAUGGCAAAGUCCAAGCAGAUCAAACAAAACAAAUCCAGUACAUAGUGUCUUUUACCAGCACAAGUGUGAUUAAACAUAUUGAAGGGUCAAACAAAAAUCAGAUCCACCACAGGAUAAUUCCAAUACACUUGUCAACAUUCUUUUUGAAAAAUGUUACCUCUGCUAAACCUGUUUUAGAUUAUGAGAUAGAAGAAAUAGUGAAUUACUUGCUGGCAUAAGGCUUUAUGUUUUUCACAUCCAGUCUCUCCCCUCAGUUUCAUUAACACAUUCCUGAGAGAGGCUUUCACAGCUGGUUUCUGGUUCAGCCCAGUGGCGGAGCCAGUCCUUUAAUCUUGUUCCCUAGAACAAGACAGGUUUAAAAGGGAGUUUCUUUGACAUGGUCUUUGUAAAGGAAGCCUGGAAUAAUUUAGUAGCAUUUUGAGUCUAAAACCCAAGCAAAACACUUUCAUUUUCCCUAUUGGAAAAGUCAAAACUUCACUGUAAAGCACAUAUUGGACUGGUGAUUUUUUUUUCUGCAGGGGCAAGUGGGACUGCUUAUCAGUCUUUUGCUCCUGAUUUCUUUACAAUAACUAAGGUUAUUAUCUACACCAGUGUUUCUCAAAGUGUUCCAUGGGCCCACUUUGGGAAAGCCACUAGUAGGCC